CUUGGGCAAGCAACACCCUUGCAGAAAGGAAAGAGUUAAUUCUGCUGCAUAUAUAAACAUACUGGGUACCUGCCAGCCAGGCACUAUUGAGGAGAGAGCUGGCAAAGGCUGUUGCAAGUGAACAUAUAACUGCUCGCCUUUAUUACCCCUUGAAUAGGACAAAAUGAAGAUUUUAUUCCUCUCAGUACUUCUUGCCUAUUUUAUUGUCCCAGGUACUGCCUUGAAGUGUUUCCGAUGUGUCAUCAAUCCAUCUCUGUGUUUCAUCAAGGCAACCUGCGAUAAUGAUGAGACGUGUUUCUCUGGAAAUGCCACUGUAGGUAAAACAACUGUCUUCGCCUCUGGAUGCCUGGACAAGAUCAAGUGUGGGAAACCAAUCACUGAAACAUAUGCUGGUGUAACGGUUACUCUGCUGACGAAAUGUUGUGAUUUCGAUUACUGCAACGGUGCCACAGCAGCUCAACUAUCCGUACUGGCUAUCUCCGUCAUGGUUCUUGCCUGGUUUGUGGGAUACCAAUAGAUUAGUGUAACUCCUUCAAAAGACUAAUAUUCCUUCACGUUACAUUUAGUUGUCCAUAAUAACCGCAGCAUUUGCACAAAGUUUGUCUCUUCUUUGUGUUUUUUUGUUUGCAUCCUGCUACUUGUAUUUUAAAUGGGGCAGAUUGGUACUCAGUCGAGGGUGCUGUACAAGGUGUUAAGGGGGUGGCUUUGCCCAUUACUAGUUCUCUUUCCUUGAAGUUUUAAUGAAAAUUGGGGAGGUUCCUGCAUAUUUCAGGUAACAGUCGCAUCUUAUAAUCAUCAGACAAAAAGAUGGUUGUCUUUAUGCUGAAGAAUUCUGUGUUCAGAGACCCACACAGUGCCUCAGAAUAAAUGAAGCUUUUAACCCUUUGUGGUGAUUAUUCAGAUGAUCGUGGCCUGCUGUGGUGAUUUUUCAUUCCCUUUCAAUCCCCAUUUUUAUUUUUGUCGCUCAUUUACUCCAGUUUUAUAAUUUUGUAUGCAAUGAGAUUUCUAAUGUACUUCUUUUAAAUGCGUGCUAUAAUUGUCAGUACAAAAUGAUUGCUACUUUUUAAAAAAGUUCUUCAUUUCUGUGAUGCUGAAUAACUGAUCUGAAUAUGUAAUAGCCAUGGGUACUUGCAGAUUGCUUGAAAAGAAGGUGUCAAAUGUUGGGAAUAAAAUGAAUGUUAGCAGAGAAUUUCUUGAUAACAGUAUGAAUUGCAAUGAUUUGUAUAAAUUUAUAAAUGACCAUUAAAACAUUUUAAUCCUUA